AUGCCACUGGAUCAUGCUUGCAUGACUGAUCAAGAGUUUUCUUGCGGUUUCAAGCAGCAUCCGAUUGGUGAAUACGCAGUUGGCCUGUCAAAAUCAAAUCAAAGUCUUCACGGUUUUUCGACUUGCAAAGAUUUUUGCUCAGAAUUUGCACAAAUUAAAACCUGGGAGAAACCUCCCAUAAAAGGGAAGUAUUUGGUAACGUUGCGCGAUCAAUCAGUUUAUUAUCAUGGAAUGCAAUCCUCUCUUCGUCCAUUGAUUGGAGACUGUUUGGGCCGUUCAUUGACAUACUGCAUGUUGUAGAUAUUUUAUAAUUUAGAUUUUUUAUAUUCUAUUUUGUAAUUAGGUAGCGCUUUGGACAAUUAUUGGAUUUUAGCGCUAUAUAAAUAAAAUUAUUAUUAUUAUUAUUAUUAUUAUUUAAAGUGCAGUUCAGACUUUUAAGAGAGGCACAAAAGGUAACCCAAUUUUUCGAAUUCUUUGUUGAAAUUAUACUAUUGUGGUACAAAAUACUAAUAUAAUUACACAUACAACUCACUACGUCCAUGACGAAGAGUGCAAAAGAAUGAGAUAAAAAAAUAAAAUAAAAAAAUAAAAAACCUUUGAGAGGCAGUAAGCAACACCUGUGAACAGUGAAUUUAUCUUUUAGGAAUUGAGAAGCACGUUACCAGAAGGCAUACAGCAAGUAAAUUCGGUGGCGUCAGAGUACGGAGUAUAACUUGUACCCAACGAAGCUUAUCUCGACGGAGACUGAAACACCAGAGCGUAUUCUGUAUACGAAAACUCAGAUCUGAUUAAAUCAGAUCAAAGUCCUUUGCUAGGUGAGUGUGCAGUUUUAUUGCUGUUUCUCUGUUAUGACAUUUAAGACGCUGUGGGAGUAUCUGGCUUGCUUGUUAGGCAUUAAUUUUCUAGUUGUUUCCUCGUCCUGCUGAUAUGAAAAGCACUCGAGUGCGAAGAGAACUAAUUAUUAUUGGCACUGCAAAGGAGCUGCCAUCACGGCGAAACGCCGCGAAUUAUGAGAUCGAACAUUCCGCUUGGAUUGAAUCA